AUGUGUCUGCAGAGUCCGAUACUCAACGUAACGAUGAGUUCCAGCCUCCAAAGUAGAACGAGUGACCCGGAUUGUCUGCUUCAAGGCUACUGGACGACCUACUCUAAGAACGAUCCAACGACUGCAGCCAAAAGCUUAGAGUUCGAGGAGGAAGCUCGAAUGCUCUGGUGCGCUGAUUGUGGUGACCCCGUACCAAAUCUGGCCGGUCUCACACUCCUUUUUACAUCGAGGGCAUGUCAUGGGCAUGCUAAUCAAGACUCCACAAGUUAUCUUAUUGAGGCUUGCGAGAUGGCCAAACGGAUAAAAUUAUUCGGUGUCCAAGAUACCAUCACUGCUUUUCAACCUCAAUCACUGACGGAUGAGGCCCCAUACGCCGUACAACAAGCGACUUGGGGAGCUUUCAACCUCUACAAGUGA